UUCCCGGCUCCAAGCCGCCUCCAAUCUGGUCGCAAGAAGAGAACCGCCGUUCCGAGCACAUCGCGAUAUAUACUUGUAUUGGUCGUGUGACAACAUGCAAGGGCUCCAAGGGUACGAGCUUGGUCUCGGGGAUUGCAUGGCCAUCAAGGCUUCCAUGGGCCUCGUCGUGAAGGAUUUUCUCGCCCGCAGCACUGUCGCGACGCGCGACGUCGACGCCCUCCAUGACGGGUACAAGCUCGUGACGAGCAAACCGAAUUCUCGCGUGUAUACCCGCCGCGCAGCACACCCGUCACUGAAGGAAUGUUUGACCAUCGGCCGCACCACCGAUAUGUCGUUGGAGGACUUUAGCUACCUCUCGUACUCGGACACGACAGAGCAGUUCAAGUCGGACCAGGCCAUCUUUUACGAGCACAACUUCCACGAUGCUGCGGUGUUGACAAAUGUACACAAGAAAACGAACGACGACCCAUUCCUUUACUUUGGAGUCAAGUACAAGCGGCUGUCCAUCCCUAGCAGCGGCCUUGCCGAAGUGCGCGACACAGUUUUCUUCGAGUACUCUGGCACGGCCCACGACGCCGCUGGCAACCGCGUCUUUUUCAUCGUACGCGAUUCCGAGUUUCUCCAGAACGUCCCUCCAACCCCCAACGUCGUUCGUCUGCAGUUUCGUGCGCUCUUUCUGUUUACAGAAUUGGACGACGGGUCCGUGGAGUGCGUGAGCCGUAGCUUCAUGAAUCCAAACGGGAUCAUUCCCGCCUGGAUGUGCAAUCGUCAACUCGUUCGAUAUGCUUCCAUCAUCGAGACGAUGCCAACAGCGGUGCAGUACAAGCGCUUUCUCGAAAAGAUUCACGCCAACCUAACGAGGAGGCCGCGGAAGAUCAGCGCGAAAACGUGCAUCGCUUGCAACUCGAAAAUGAGUGCAUUUACCUUCAAAGCGCUCUACAAUUGCGCAUAUUGUGGCGAGGUCAUGUGUGCAAAGUGUGUGGUGCCAGUGCCGCGUGCCAUCAAAACCAACUCCCCUCCAGCAUGCGCGAAAGAAGACUUUUGCAAACGGUGUUUUGUUGAAGCGCAGACAGGACGCGUGCCAUCGGCUUCCGCAUCCCGAAACAGCGGCGAGUUUGGCAAGAGUUCCCUCACGAGCAACGAUGUCGAGGGCAGCAACUUGACCAGCACAACGACCCAAGACGAGCUGUUUGAAACGUACGUGACGACGUGCAAUGCGAUCGUGAAGCCUGGCAUGUUCUCAAAAGAGGGGACGGCGUCGGCUUCGUCGUCGGCCGCCACAAGCCUCACGUCGACGUCGACCCCGUUGUCGUCGCGGGAUCCGUCGUUGGACAGUGCUGCGGCCGCAUUCACACAGCUGCAAGUGUCGAUCGAGCAGCAAAAGGCGCUGGUAUCGCAGAUGCAGCAACGGCUCGAAUCGCGUUCGCAUGUUGGGUAGAGUUCUUGUACGUCCCGUUGUUACAUGGCGUAGUUCCUUGCGUGGACCAGUCGCAUUCGAUCUCGG